AUGCCCGGACAAUAUACGCCAGCAUGCUCACCAUGUCUAUCGGAGCAAUCAGUGUCCCAUCGCAAAGACCACAACGUAACUCCACCACCGCAAUCACAAACCUCGAAUUUAUCUAACUCCCGCUCUUCCCCUUCCUACUCUUCCUCAUCAAAUACAUCACCAACACCGGCGCCACCUAAGGAGUCACGUAUGUUACGUACCCCAAAAUGUGCACGAUGCCGCAACCAUGGCGUCAUCUCUUGUGUCAAGGGUCACAAAAAGCUUUGCCGCUGGCGCGAAUGUUGCUGUCCCAACUGUCAGUUGGUUGUCGAUCGUCAGCGUGUGAUGGCCGCCCAAGUAGCAUUGCGGCGUCAGCAAUCUAUGGAAGCUUUAGAGGCGCAAGCGAGUGGACAAAGCGCUCUAAACGAAGGUGCUACUACAACAACAAGAACUCCGCCAUGCAAUUCUAACGAGUGUAAGACAAGUUCCAACUCUUUCCGCACCAAACAGGCACUAAUCGCCCAGAAAAAAAUCUACAAGCAUCGCUUGCGUACGCUGCAACAAACAACGCUACAUAUAACCGCUGCCAUAGAAGAAUACAAGCAACGUUUUCCCACCAUUAACUCACCGUUACUGGAGCGUAUCCGUAAGAGACGCGCCUUUGCCGACCCCGAACUGAAUUGGGUAAAUCUCGAUACAGCAGCGUUAUUGAACACAUCGACGCCUUUGACAUCAUUUCACACCGCUGACGUACCCCAACCGCCCAUCGCUAUGUCAGAUGUUCUUCCACAUGGUGUACCCAACGCUUUUUUGUGUUCGCCACCACUGCCGCCUUUCUUUGUCACGCCUACUUUGUUCUCUUCUUCUGCGUCUGAUGCAUUUUCCUAUGGUAGUGACUUUGAGAAUUAUUCUUUGGCGGCGCAAUCCCCUUGCCCUGGCAAUGUGGAUGGGCCCAUCCAGAGCGUCAACCCAUUGUCAACUUCCUUACCAAAAGAGACAACAACAAGUGCGAUUUGCUCGCAAGAACAAAUACAAACCUUUAGAGCUACAACUGAAGAAUUAAUUACGCCCAUUAAAAAACCAAAACUUAACUUUUCAAUAGAAUCUAUUAUUGGUGUUAGUAUAUAA